ACACUCCUCUCUUGAAAUUUUUCAUCACUCUCAUUUCAUUACCAACAGAAACAAAAAAACCAUGCCUAAGAAGCUUCAAAAAACCCUUCAAGAUUACCUCAACAAACUCAAAAACAAAAACCCUCACCCUCAAAUCAAGUUAACCAAAAUGCUCUCUGGCUGCAAACACCCCAAAACGCCGUCGUUUUCUUUAGAUAACGGCAGAAACUUAUCAUCUAACUCCGUUAACGACGCAGCAACGCUAGCUGACGUUGACCGUUUUCUCUUCGAGAAUUUCAAGUCUCUCUAUUUCAAAGACGACGACGAAACCGAAAACUCCGUCAAAAGAAUCUCCGACGAAAAAAACCACCGCGAACCACCGAAAUUCAAUUCCUCCUCUUUGCUCGAAUCACCGCGAUUCGAUCGAUCACCACCGCCGAAUCUCUCCCGAUCAGCGCGAUUCUUCGUGAAACCGGGAAACUCUGGAUCGUUGAUGGAAGAUGCUUUAUCGCUAACAAACAGCGAUGAUGAAGGUGAUUCGAGUAAUUUGAAUUCAUCCUCAACAGAAUCGCCAUCAAAAGAGGUGGUUAAAGUUCAUGAUGAUCAUAAUCAGACUCUUCCUGAAAACUGUAUUGCUCUGUUAUCCUAUUCGCCGACUCCUUACGACGAAUUCAGGCGAUCCAUGCAGGAAUUGGUGGAAUCCAAGUACGGGAAAACUGAACUGAAUCAGAUGAAAAUCGAUUGGGAUUUCAUGGAGGAGAUGCUGUUUUGUUACCUGAAUCUGAAUGAGAAAAAGUCUCAUAAGUUUAUUUUAAGUGCUUUUGUUGAUCUCAUCACUGUUUUGCGUCAGAGUCAGAGUCAGAAUUCGGAAGCAGCUCCGGCGAAGCCGUGUAGCGUGAGAACCGUUAGGAUUGGUAGGGAAGUGAGGAAGAAGAAGACUAAGCAAGUCACCAUUGAAUUUGGGUCUUAGAAACUUCUUUUUUUCUUUUUAGUUUUGUUUUGUUAAUUUUCUUAGAAAACUGGUAUCUGGUAUCAUCUGCGUCCAAUUGCAGAGACUAAUUCUCGAGUCUCGAGUCUCUGCUUAGGACCGAUCGAAUCCAGAAGUUUGUUUUUUUAAUUUUCAUGAAUAAAAUAUAGAAUAAAAUAAAAUAUUAGGGAAAGGGGAUUUUGGUUCCCAAGUAGAAAUUCCUGAGAUAUUUGAGUCUAGUUAUGUAUGAUCGAAUGGUAGUUUUUGUUAUGCAUAAAAGUCAUGCUUCAAAAGCAUGUCAAUUUUUAUUUUGGUAAACUAAAUUGUGUAUGCGUAUCAGUGUAUUUCUCUUUUUUUUUUUUGAAAUAUGCAUGGUUAACUGUAUUUCUGCACCUAACUGCUUAUCUCUUAGGUUGCCGUGUCAUAGACUUUGGAUAUGGAAAUUGAGUGCAUAAAUUAUUCUAGAUUGUCCCAUUUUGAUUAAUUGUAUAAUAACUCGGAAUAAAUGGUAUCUCCAUUUCUGCAUACAAUG